GCACAAAAGAGAAUUCUAUUGUUCGCACGAAAAGGAAACAAAAGAUAAAAAUUGCGAAAGUGUUAUCCACGUUAUACGUUAUCGGCUUGAUUUGCAUACUACGUCAUUGUAAACAGUGGUAGAUCGACAGGAUCGCGAGCAGAAAAAGAAACGGAAAGAUUCUAUCAAUAUCAUUAUUGAACAAACUACAAAGUGUUCAUAGAUCUACGCGACAUGUUUCGAAAUUGUUUUUGCUCAACCUAAACUUCAAGUUCAGUAGGCCUACCCGAUUUUUGUACGGUGCGGUACACUUAGGCUUCCGAUACCGCUCGCGCUCGCCGGAUAUUGUACCGGCGUAAUUCGUUGUGACUGUGUGUGGCCGCCCGUUAAUCUGCUUUACAAUUUUAAGAUUAGCCUAUUUGGAUUCUGAAUUGGAAUUGGGAACCAUCAUCAUCAGAUCACCAUGCACGUGGUCAGAAUGUUCAAGGUUGAUGUUGCCAAAGCAGUUUGUCCGAGACUCCUUCCCUUCAUCAAUGGGACGAUUCUUUACUUUCUGCUACGACCAGAGGCCUCACUGUGGGCUGUUGCCUGCAAGUGCCUUCCCAUCGUCUGUCUGUGCGGCUUCGUCAUCCAUGAGAUCUAUCUCUUCUGCAAGCAAGGUUUGUCCGUCUUUCCUCGCUACCAUCUAGCUAUUCUCACCGGCCUCGUCUUAUCCUGUAUCGGUGAUGGUUGCCUCGUUUACGUCAACCAAUACUUCAUCGAAGGACUCCUCUUCUUCGCGCUCGCUCACAUCAUGUACAUCUACGCUUUUGGCGCGAACCCCUUCAAACCGUCCCUCCUCAUCCCCCUGAUGCUCGUGGGCGGUGUCGUCUACGGGUUCAUGUACCCGGGUUUCGCCGCUUACGAACUUACAUUCCUUGGCGCCUUGUACAUCAUCCUGAUCAUUAUGAUGGCGUGGAGGGCGCUAGCCAGGGUCCAGUUCGGGGAGAACCUCUGGACGUGGACAAAGGUCGCCGCUGGUGUCGGCGCCAUCCUCUUCUGCAUCUCUGACGUUGUCUUAGCAACCAAUAUGUUCCGCAGCGCCAUCCCAUCAUCUCAGUCCAUCGUCAUGACGACGUACUACACAGCUCAGCUUGGCAUAGCAUUGUCUGUUGUGAGCCACGGACAUAGCAUUGAGAAGAAAGAGAAAUGAGUUGGUCUCCGAGACACUGCAGUUUAUUGUUAUGUUAGAAUAUACAUUGAUCAAGCAUAGCUAUUUUUAGAUUAUAACAAAAAUAUUGCUGCAUUGGAAGUCUGCUGUGUAGUGCAAUAUAGGCCUACCUGCAAGUAGAUCAUAUCAAGCGUUUUCUUUACAUUGGAAAAACAUGUGAAGAAAACAAAUGAAAUUGGGUAUAUAGAUAUUUUAAGAAGGUCAAAGGAGAUUUAAAUGUUAUAAAUCAAAUUUUGUUGAAUACUGCAUUGCCAAAUUUUAUAACACUUUCUAAAUGGAUAGAAAUUGGAAAAAGACACUAUUGUUUCAAAGAUGUGAAAUAACUCUUAUACUUUGUUUACUUCCUUGUACAAGGAACAUAUCAAAUCUAACGAUUUCCCAUGAAAAUACCCUGGGUCCAUAUUUUUUAUAACAAUGUCUUUAUUUUUAGGAAAAGCUUUGUGCAGACAUUAACCAAUGGAUUGUCCUAAGUUGACAAUUUUUUGUUGUACCAACAUAUAAUAUAACAUCCUUUUCAGAAUACCUCUGGCUUUUAUAUAUGAUCUACAUGCAGGGAUGUUGUUAAGAACUGCUGGAAAUCUCCAAACUAAUUUUCAGCAGUGUAUUUUGAUUUACAUAUCAUAUCCAGUCAAACCUGUCUAUUAAGGCCACCCAAUGGAAACAAAAAAUGUGGUCCUUGUAGACAGGUUCCUUUAGUACAUGUUUCAAUGAGAAACCA